CUCGCGUUAGUGUCAGCGGUGGGAUCAGACCGGAGUCCCAGCCAUUAACUCAGGCCCAAGGCCCAGGCCGGCUGAGCACUCUAUCCUGGAUGGAGAUGGCCUUGGUGCUGGUCCCUGCCUUCUGCCUUCUGAGCGGUUCCUACGCCCAGGAGUGGGGCGUGACACUCGCACCAGGGCCCCUUGAUGGAUGGGCUGGCUCCUGCGUGACCAUCCCUUGCUCCUUCACCUACCCCGCAGGGUGGACGGUCAGGGCCAUGAGCUGGACACGGGACAGGGAUCAAACCGUGUAUCACUCGGACGAGGCUCGUGUCCACGCUGCCUUCAAGGGGCGUGUCCGCUAUCUGGGGGACCAGCAGCACAACUGCUCCCUGCGGGUGGCAGGGCUGCGCCACAGCGAUCAGGGCACCUACCGCUUCCGCUUUGAAGUAAUGCGCGAUGGCAGGAGUGACGCAUGGACGGGUCGGCCAGGGCAGCAGCUCAAUAUCUUCGCCCAUCUGUGCCGGCCCUCCCUGGGGCGCCGAACGGAACUGGGACCCUCCCUCACUUGCUCCGUGGGGGCCACCUGCCCCCAUCGCCCCUCCUGGUACGACCAAGAUGGUGCACGGCAGAGCGCAGAGGAAACCCCGGGCGGGUCUGGGGCAACUGAGCUGCGAAUAUCCCCGUCCCAGCUGGACUCCGGCACGGCGCUAAGAUGCCAGGUGGAUGGAUACAGGGAUGAGUGUGACUCUGCCCAAUCCCAGCCCCUGGGAACAGUUGCCCCCAACGUGCCCAGGGUCGAGGUUUCAUGGCCGGCAGGGAAGGCAGUGCUCAGGGAAGGCGCCAAUUUUACCCUGCUCUGCCAGGCUGCUGCCCUGCGGCCCAUCACCAGGUACGUCUGGUCCCGCGGGGACGUGUGGCUGCCGGAAGCCGGGCAGGAUUUACGUGUUGACAAGGCAGCCGUCUCCGAUGGAGGGAGCUACGCAUGCGGAGUCUGGGUCUCCGGCCCCGGCUGGGGGUAUCUGAGCCUCUCUGCGAGGGAAUCGGUCGAAGUUCAGCGUGUCCGCGUUACGGCAUUGCCGGGCACCAGCCCGCAGGAAGGGAAAUCAGUGACACUAAGGUGCAGUUACACCAGCAGCCUCUCCACCCCCAACUCCUACACCUGGUACCGGGGCGGCCGGCAGCUGGGGGGACCCCAGCGGGAAAUGGGGUUUGGGACGCAGUAG